AGCAUAACCUAUAUGUUCUAACAUGUCGAGAAGAUCAAGGUUUUUCUUCAUCUGCAUAAAUGACGCAACAGCUGAAGCAGAGGGUUUCCACUGGAAAUAACUUGUGGAGGUGAAUCACACUUUUGAACUUCUUUGUAGCUGCUAAUGGCAUUCAUAUCCUUUGGGAUAUUUAUUCCCUAAAUUAACUUCAGCUAAUAUAGGUCUUAAGAGGUAUCAAAAUCCGUUUGUUUGUAACCUUUUUGUCAUGUUGGAAAUCCAGCCUCUGCUGUUCAUCUUGUAUUGUGAAAGUCGAGAGCUUCAAUUGGAGGGGUAUUGAUUAGUGAAGAUAAAUGACAAUGCAGGAUGCUGAAAAGAAAGGCAUUUUUUCGUGCAUAGCAUUAAGUUCUCCAGAUCACAUGAUCAAGGGAAUCAAGUGCUUUAAAUUGUUUGAUCUUGGGUAUUGAUAGUACAUUCAUUGGUUUGCUUGCAUAUAUUUGUGAAUCCCAUCUCAUAAAUUUCCUUUCAGGAGACAGUGACUAAGUAACAUUGCAAAGCUUCCUACAACAAGCAAAGCUGUGAUCUGCAACACUCAUCCUGCAAUAGAAUCUGUUACCCUUUUGGAGCAACUUGAUGCCCAAGCUUGACUUGGCAUUCUUGAAAUGGUUUCUCUACGGCAGAUACAAGAGGCACAUCGCAUAAAAAGUUUCUAUAACUCAAGAGCACAACCAAACACAAUCGACUAUCGUUCCCUUGAUGCUUACAGACAGCAUUCGUUGAGGAGAAGAGUAUCCAAAGAAGACGCCAAAGAGAAGCACAAAGUCUCUGAGAGGGAUCGAAGUUCAAACUUCAACCAAUCUCAAGCUGACCUAUGUUCACACCAGAAGAACAAAGCAUCAGUGCUUGAAGAAACCAUCAGGCAACUGAAGCAGCUGAAGUCGACAGCAUUUGAACUGAAUGCAAUAUGCGGUGGUGGGUCGGACUGCUUGUAUCCUGGUGGCGAUGAUGACGACAGUGUUGUGAGUAUUGAAGACAAGGAAGGAAAGGGAGAACAGCAGCAGGUUGUGAAGGUGAUGCUGAGCUGUGAAGACAGGAGGAAGCUAAUGGAGGAUGUUGGGAAGGCGGUGAGGACAGUGAAGGCUAAGGUGUUGAGGGCAGAGAUGGUGAUAAUGGGUGGGAGGAUGAAGUGUGUGUUGUGGGUUGAAGAGAUGGAAGGGUAUAAAGGCAAGUGCAUGCUAGAGAUGGCUCUCAAUGCUGCUGCAAGAGGGCAUGUACAGUAGAGAAAUCGUGCAUGUUGUUUGUUGUGUAGUUCUUACAGGACUAUGAAAUUGAAAAAUUGCAAGGACAUCACUGGCCUUACUGUUAGGUAGUGGCACAUACACAAUCAGUUUGAACCAAUUUCAAAUUUUUGCAAGUGAAAGAUAAUGAUAGAUGGUUUCAUCGUCCAUCUUUUGUUUCUAUGUCUGGGUUUCCGGCAGUUGAUGGCAACAUAGAAAGACAAGAGAGAAAUGGUACCAAAUGAUCAAAGUCGGGGCCAAGGCUCUGUUAACGAGUAACAUAACCAAAGCCACCAUCAGGCAUUCAGUAUGUUGGUACAUAUGCCUUAGUGGUGUCCAGCAGUCACCAUUUCUGCAGUUUAGUUUAAUGAGUCAAUUAUUCUGCUUUUUCUCCAUCUGUUAUGAGAAUUCAUGUUUCAUCUCAUUAUACUUUUGAAGGUGACGCCUAAAGUGUUACAAAGAUGCCUGGCGUCUCAACAGAUGUGCUCCAUUGUCUCAAGUUUGCAAAGUUAAUGUGCUUACAUGAAUACUUUCUGCCUCAAUGUUGUUCAUAUCCUCUGACCAUUCAAUGCUUUCCUUCUGGCAGGUGCGGGUGGUUUCUCAAGAUAAAGACUUUUUCCCAAAUUCUAUCUCCUUCAAUGCGUCUUCUACGCCUUGUACCACGAGGUUCUGUCCGCUCUAAUUCCGCUUACAUGUUAAAGAUUAAUUUAUGAAGAAAAUACCAGAUGUUGAAAUUCAUGUUUUACCAGAAUCCUCAUCAUAAAGGAUCUGGAGCUGUAGGACAAGUCCUGCAUCUCUUCUCUACAUCUUGAGUGGAUGGAUGCAUUGUCGAAAGCUUGUGCUCUUGAUUGCAUUUAAUUUGCUCUUGGAACUUCAACUGAGAACCUGUUGCCUUGGAUCUCAGUUGGCAUCAUUUGUGGCCAUUUUGUCUGGAUGGCAUCUUUAGUUCUGCCUCAUCUUCCUGUUUUAAUCAUUAGUUUGUGGUCAUGGUCUCAUGGAUAAGGAGGAAACAUGGUGAGUUGUUGACAAUCCCAAGUCUUAGAGGACAGAGGAUUUUGGAAUCCCAUUAUUAUCGAUAUUGUUUUGGGUAACUAUGAAGUGGCAAAUUUACAUAAACUUAACAUAUUCUU